CAAUCAGUUGGGCCUACAGACCGAACGUCACGGAACGUAGUUAAUAUUCAUAAACCAAGCCUUCACCAUAGUGUGGUUAUAUUAUUCUCCUCUCGGUGAAGAUGGCCACUAGUCCCAAAAGACCCUCUCUGGGUGCCGUAGCCCCCCGUAAGAAAGCCAACCCAAAGCCUGAGCUGACAGAGGAGCAGAGGCAGGAGGUCCGAGAGGCGUUCGAGCUCUUCGACACUGAUGGCUCUGGCUAUAUCGAGGUGAAGGAGUUAAAGGUGGCCAUGAGAGCGCUGGGAUUCGAGCCUAAAAAGGAGGAGAUCAAGAAAAUGAUUGCAGAGGUUGAUAAGGAAGCGACCGGGAAGAUCUCGUUCAGUGAUUUCAUGGCAGUGAUGAACCAAAAAAUGGCUGAAAAGGACUCUAAAGAAGAAAUCCUCAAGGCUUUCCGGCUGUUUGACGACGACGAGACUGGGAAAAUAUCUUUCCGGAAUCUAAAGAGAGUGGCCAAAGAGCUCGGGGAAAACCUGACGGACGAGGAGCUGCAGGAAAUGAUUGAUGAAGCAGACAGAGAUGGAGAUGGAGAAGUUAACCAGCAGGAGUUUCUGCGCAUCAUGAAGAAAACAAGUUUGUACUGAAUGUCACCGGAAGCACAGGAUUCUGACAAGAAACCCUUUCAAUGUAAACAUAUUCAAUGUCACUGUUUUAUCAUUCCAAAACCUCGAUGCCUGUCGACCCCGGUGAUCCGAUCCGAUCCGUGAGGGUUUGCCAAACGUCAGCUGUUUACACUCUAUAGUCUCAAAUCAUAUCGGGAAAGAAGAUAUACACACAACAGAGGUUGUAGCGAUCGAGUGAGUCAUACAACGAC